CACUUUAUUUAAGCAUAUGGUCGGACUAUCAGUGCAAUUUUGUAAGAGGUGUUCAACAGAACUACAAAGGAUCCUUCAAAUGUUAUUGUCGUAAAGAGAUUUAUAAUAUUUAUGUAACAGUUUCUUAUUCUAAUAAAUAAGAUGACUAACCAAAAUUCUGAGGCUUCCCAGAUGCCUCUUUGGUUGAAAUGUGCUAAAUUGCAACAACAAGAAUAUUAUGAACUUUUGCCAGAAUAUACAAAAUAUGAAAAAAGGGAAUAUAAAUAUUUAAAGCAAAAUAUUGGUUUUGCACUUUUUGGCCCACCAUCAGAAAUAACAGGUGACAAGGAUCUUGUUGAUGAUUCGGCUGAAACAGACGAUAUCCUUAAUAAACUGCGUUAUAAGCCCAUGCUUCAGACAGUUAUAGAUAAAAUAUUUGACCAAGUGCGUAAAAAUGGUGAAGGAGCAGUAGAAAAGGAAUGUAUUUAUUUUGGAAUCAUCUUUAAUAUAACAUUCUCUACUAAAAAUAAUUCUACUGAAAACAUUUCUCCUUCAGCAAUAGAAAAUGAGGUAGAUGAUAAUGAAAAACUCAAAAUAGAUAUUCAAUCAACACCUAUCUUUAAGAUAAAAAGAAUUAUAGUGAAUAAGGAUUCAAAGACAUAUAAAAAUAAAAGUUGUGCAUGUGAAGAAUGGUAUAUUGAUGCAUGGGCUAGGUUGUACACAAGUUGGGCAUAUUAUAAAGAAACAAAUGUUUUACAUCCAUGCACUAUGGUUAUUCCAAAGGAUGGAUUCUAUCAACCAGAUCCACUUUGUGAAAUGACUGAAGAAUAUUCAACAGUAUGGUUAGAGGUUUUAGAAUCACCUGCAAAUUCUACAGCUGCUACUGUUGUAAAUUAUGCAGAUAAAGCUGCUACUGUAGUAGGUGCUGCGAGUUUGGCUUUAGGUGUUGCAGCUAUGUUUACACCAGCUGCACCUUUGGUAGUGGGUGCGGUGGUGACUAGUACAGUAAGUGGUGUAUGGUCAACUGGUCGAGCAGUACAAAAUUUGGCAGAUAGAAGCAAACACAACCAAAGUAUCAGUAUUACGGAGAGAGAGGCCCUAGGUCCGUGGUUAUCUAUAGCAGGCGGUGUAUUAGGUGCUACUGCAGCUAGAGGAAAUAUGAUGUUCGUGAAAGCUAUUCAGAAUGGUAGUCAUAUAAACUCUUUUAUGAAAUUUGCGUAUAAUACAGUACUCGUAAGUAAUUUAGGUGUGAAUGGUUGUGGUGUAGCAUACAAUGCCUAUUGUAUGUAUGAAAAGUACCAACAGGGGGAUGAAAUUACUAUGUAUGAUUUACUAUCUUUUGGAACACACGUUUUAUUCUUUAGUAGUGCAGUUAUGAAAUUUCAAUUUGCGGGAGACCUUAUUGAAUCCACUCAGGGUAAAAUUUUAGAUGAGUAUAGAGCUUCUUUGCGUUCUAAACGCCUUCGUACCGCAUUUAAUCGUGCAAAGCGUAAUGCCGCAGCAAACACUUCAGAUGUAACAGCUCAAAAUGCCGAAGUAAUACGUUAUAUUAAUAAAAAAGCAGAGUUGCAGCUACAAAAUAAUUCACAAAACAAUUCGAACAAUAGUUCAAAAAAUAAAUCACAGAGUACUCCAAAGAAUAAUUCACAAAGUAGUUCGGAAAGUAAUUUAAAAAAUACUUCGAAGAAUAAUUCUGAGAAUACUUCACAGAGUACUUCAAAAAAUAACUCACAAAGUAAUUCGCAAAAUAAUUCACAAAAUAAUUCAAACAAUAGUUCAAAAAAUAAUUCACAAAGCAAUUCGGAAAGUAAUUUAAAAAAUACUUCGAAGAAUAAUUCUGAGAAUACUUCACAGAGUACUUCAAAAAAUAACUCACAAAGUAAUUCGCAAAAUAAUUCACAAAAUAAUUCAAAUAAUAGUUCAAAAAAUAAUUCACAGAAUACUCCAAAAAAUAAUUCACAAAGUAGUUCGGAAAGUAAUUUAAAAAAUACUUCGAAGAAUAAUUCUGAGAAUACUUCACAGAGUACUUCAAAAAAUAACUCACAAAGUAAUUCGCAAAAUAAUUCACAAAAUAAUUCAAAUAAUAGUUCAAAAAAUAAUUCACAGAAUACUUCAAAAAACAAUUCACACAGUAGUUCGGAAAGUAAUUUAAAAAAUACUUCGAAGAAUAAUUCUGAGAAUACUUCACAGAGUACUUCAAAAAAUAACUCACAAAGUAAUUCGCAAAAUAAUUCACAAAAUAAUUCAAAUAAUAGUUCAAAAAAUAAUUCACAGAAUACUCCAAAAAAUAAUUCACAAAGUAGUUCGGAAAGUAAUUUAAAAAAUACUUCGAAGAAUAAUUCUGAGAAUACUUCACAGAGUACUCCAAAAAAUAACUCACAAACUAAAUCUGAAAAUAAUUCACAAAAUAAUUCAAACAAUAGUUCAAAAAAUAAUUCACAAAGCAAUUCGGAAAGUAAUUUAAAAAAUACUUCGAAGAAUAAUUCUGAAAAUACUUCACAGAGUACUCCAAAAAAUAACUCACAAAGUAAAUCUGAAAAUAAUUCACAAAAUAAUUCGAACAAUAGUUCAAAAAAUAAUUCUGAAAAUAAUUCACAGAAUACUUCAAAAAGUAAUUCACAAAGCAGUUCAACAAAUAAUUCUAAAGAUAAUUCACAGAGUACUUCAAAAAAUAAUUCUGUGAGUAUUUCUGAAAACAAUUUACAAACAAGUUCAUUCGGCAAUUCAUUUACAUGGUCUUUUAAGAAUGGAAAAAUAGAAAUUAAUGAUAUUGUAAUGUUAGAUCCUUUCAAAUUAGUUACAAUAUUACUUGCAGCACGAAGGCAAUUUGCUCAAAACCAAACACAAUCAAAUAAAAAAAAUGGAAAUAUGAUACAAUAUGAUUUGAUACAAAGAACAGUAAAGAAUUCAUUAGUAUGUAUACAGAUAAAAAUGGCUUCAAAGCAUGGCAAGAAAUAUGUGAGUGUCCCUGAUAUUUUUAAAUUUGAUAAAAUUUGUGGAGAUAUGAUGUAUAUGAAAGACGCUAGUAUAAUUUUACCGCAAGUAUUUGAGAUAGCUUAUUCUCUAGUAGAGUAUGUAGGCGGUGUGGAGGUUAUUCAUGAAGCAGUUUAUUUUGUAUGGUAUUAUGUGAAAGAGAGUUUAAAACAAAAAUAUUACAUUGUAUCUUCUUUUAUGAGUAAUCCAAAGAUCCAAGCAAACAUCAGUUCAAUUAUAACUGCUCUUUGCGAAAACAUGAGUUGUACGGUACAACAAUUACUGCCUGCUUUUAAAAUGUAUUCCAAUGCGAUAAACUGAGAAGUUUUCAAUACAUUUAAAAGUAUUCAAAUAUUUUUUCAUUAUAAUUAAAAUAUACAACGCUGAGCAAUCAAAUAGACUAACAAAAUGAAAUCUUUAUUGUACAUUAUAGCGUUUUAGUAAUGUCUUUGUAUUUAUUAUUAUGAGAACAGCUUUUUAUAGAAAGUGCAGGUAUUAGCAGAAUAUUGUACAUGUUAAUAUCACAUUUGUGCCUUAAAUGAAUUGUUCACUACUACUAUCACAUAUUACAACGAUCAAAAAAUCGUUGAGAUAAGAAUGAUAAUUAUUUAAAACCGAUUAACGUUGUCUAAAAAGGAGGUAUUUUUGUAAUAUAAAUAAUAACGAAUAUUGUUAUGCCUUAAAUUGAACUUAGAAUUCUGUAAUAUCGCAUUAUUGUGUCUUACAUUAUCUACAUUGAUAAUGAAAUUUAUUUAUGAUUCGUUUAUUAACAUUUUUAUCUGAUAACAAUUUAAUUAAUCAAGUUUAUACAAACUCAAUUCUUUAUUGUUAACGACAAGACAAUUUAUAAAUUACGCACAAUUAAAUAAUUUACAAAAAAAAAAAAAAAAAUAUAAAGGGUAUAUAAAUCUAAUAAGAAAAAAUAUCUUCAAAUAAGCUUUUAUUUUGCAAUUAAAUUUUCAAUGACAUCCGAAUAAUGACUUUUUAUAAUCUUUAUUAUGGAACAAAUAAUUAUUGUACAACAAAUAAUUAGGAUUAAUUUUCUUACUAAUAUCAUACAUAUCAUUUUAUGCAUAA